CCAUGCCAACGGAGCCACCCAUUGUCCCCGGGGUCCCUCUUAGCAGUUGGCAGAAGGCUAGACAGGGAGACUCGGUGGCACCACUGGAGCCCCGGAGUCAGUUCCCUGGGCCUGGCUACAGGGUGGGUAAUGCUGGGCGACCAGGGGACUGCCUGGGGGCAGAGGACAGGGGGCCGUGACAGUGCGGAAAAUGGGGUCACAGCAGUGCCUUCUGGAGGUCACUGUGCCCCCCCCCGGGAGAGUUCCUGCGGGGCGGGGCCUGCCCGCCCUCCCCUGCCCUAUAUAGGCCGCCGCCAGGGCUGCCCGGCAGGAGCGCGCGGCAGGAGGGCGCUCCCGGAGGCCGCCGACGUGCGCGCGAGAGGCUCCCCCAUGCGGACGCCGGAGAGGACGGGCCUGUGCCCGUUGUCCCCGCCGUGGGCGCUGCUCGCCCUGUUGCUGGCGCUGUCGGUGCGCGGGGCAGCGGCGGACGCGCCCACCUUCCCGUGGCGAGACGCGGAGACGCGGGAGUGGCUGGUGUGCGGCCAGUGCCCCCCGGGCACCUUUGUGCAGCGGCCCUGCCGCCGGGGCAGCCCCACGGCGUGCGGCGCGUGCCCGCCGCGCCACUACACACAGUUCUGGAACUACCUGGAGCGCUGCCGCUACUGCAACGUCAUCUGUGGGGAGCGCGAGGAGGAGGCGCGGCCGUGCAGCGCCACCCACAACCGUGCCUGCCGCUGCCAGCCCGGCUUCUACGCGCACGCCGGGUUCUGCCUGGAGCACGCGCCCUGCCCGCCCGGGGCCGGCGUGCUCGCGCCCGGCACUCCUAGCCAGAAUACGCAGUGCCGGCCGUGCGCCCCGGGCAGCUACUCCGCCAGCAGCUCGAGCUCAGAGCGCUGCCAGCCCCAUCGGAACUGCACGGCCCUGGGCCUGGCCCUCAAUGUGGCGGGCUCCGCCUUCCGCGACGCGCUGUGCACCAGCUGCGCGGGCUUCACACUCGGCACCCGGGAGCCGGCCGAGCCAGGGAACGAGGAGUGCGAGCGCGCCGCCAUCGACUUCGUGGCUUUCCAGGACAUCCCGCUCAAGAAGCUCCGGCGGCUGCGGCAGGCCCUGGCGGGCUCGGGGGCGCAGAGGCCGCCGCCGCGUGGGGAGGACCGCGCGGCCUUGCAGCUGGAGCUGCGGCGGCGGCUGGCGGAGUUGCACGGCCCGCGGCCCGGGGCGCUGCUGGGGCGGCUGCUGCAGGCGCUUCGGGCCGCGCGGCUGCCGGGGCUGGAGCGGAGCGUGCGCGCGCGCUUCCUCCCCGCCGCGGCGCCCUGAGCCCCGGCCGGCCGGGCUCCUUUCUUAUAAAGCCAU